AUGUUGGUGGCUUCGUUUUGGGUUGUGCCCAUAUUCAGUUCGGUAGUAUGGAUGGCCAUGUUAAUCACAAUGCUGGCCUAUUGGAGCGCGAAGGGACACCCAAUACUACCUACUAUGGCGGACCGGCCGUCGACAAUUCCUUACAUCUCUGAUAUCGGUGCACAAACCCUCAAGCCUAUGUUCAUCGCCAUGUCCGCAGUCACUGUGGUUACGUUCGACCUUGCCUUCAUUCUCGAGCGCUACCUGCGCCAUGCUGGCAAGCUCGCGCCCAACACUUCGGUCUGGCAGAAGGUCUAUUCUAUGAUCAGCACAAUAGCUGCAAUCGUAGGCGCAGUCGGUCUCAUCCUCCUCACCAUCUAUGACAAUUACCACCACGACCGCAUGCACAACAUUUGCUUGGCCGUUUUCAUCAUUGGCUACAUUGUCAGCGCAAUCUUCAUCUGCUGGGAAUACCAACGUCUGGGAAUCCAUUACCGCGAACACUCGAUUCUCCGCAUAUCCUUCUGGGUCAAGCUCGCGUUCAUCAUCGCAGAGAUCAUCCUAUGCAUAAUUUUUGGUGUUACCCAGAUAUACGACUACUAUAACGUAGCCGCUGUGUUUGAGUGGAUCAUUGCCUUUGUUUACACCUGGUACGUGUUGAGCUUCUUCAUCGACUUCCUGCCCGCAGUACGCGGCAAGCACCACCAAAGCUACCAGACCGAGAUGCAAAUGGCCGAGGAGGCUGGACCUCAACCCAGAACCAUGGGCGACGGUGCGGCUGAGAGCCAACAAUACUUCCGCGGUCAGCCGACAAAUGAUGUGCCUCACGUCGACGGCAACGGACGAAUUACCGAUGCGUACACCAACGGCUACGGCAAUGGAGAGCCUGGUCAGAACUUCUAUCCCAACGCCAACGGCUACAACAACCAGUAUCCUAAGCCAGUGGCGCCUCUACCAUCGAGGAACUUCUAG